AUGUCAGCCCAACCAGCUCAUCGCGAAAAACCACCCAGUGGCUCGACAAUAAUUUUUGAUACCACUAACGUUACUACUAAUUCCACCACAUCGGCUCCUCAAAACCAACCUACCUCAUCCGCUCAACUUGAUCAACCCAUAAAAUCCCCAUUCAAUAGUCCUGACAAACAGAAACGAAUGACAAGUAGUUUUUUCAAUAAACGAAGAUCAGAAUUUUAUGAUGAUGACGAUGAAUUCUAUGACGGUUGCUGCGGACUGGAUGAAAAGUUGUGA